AUGGAACAGAGGCUCAAGUCCAUCAAAGCGGCCUUUGCAAGCAAAGAGGCAUUCUUGGCCGCGAUCGAGACCAAGGAGUCUGCUGAAGGGAGGCUCUCGAAUCGAAAUCCAUGGACAAAUGAAGAUCUGGAUAUCAGUCCGAGAAGCCACUGGACGUGGGCUUGGUGGGACUAUGCUGCAUUCUGGUGGUCCUAUGGCUUCUCAACCGGUGUAUGGACAGCCGGUUCGUCGCUUGUCUCUCUGGGAUUGACCUGGUGGCAAGCCAUCAUUUGCAUCUUUGUGUCUCACUUCCUCGGGGCCGUGGGCAUGGUGAUGCACUCGCGAUCCUCGGCGACGUAUCAUUUUGGCUUUCCGGUUGCUUGCAGAAUUCCCUGGGGAUUGUAUGGCGGCUACUUCCCGGUGUUUACACGAGUGCUCGUCGGAACUAUCUGGGUCGGCGUACAGCUGAUUCAAGGUGGCUACUUCACCGCUGUUCUACUCAGUGCGAUCUUUGGGACGUCGUUCUCCCAUAUGAAGAACUCUAUCCCCGCCAGUCAAUACAUCACAACCCAGCAAGUGAUUGGUUUGAUCAUCUUCUGGAUCACGACACUGCCACUACUAAGCGUACCGAUCCCCAAAGUGAGGGUGCUUUUCACCAUCAAGUCAAUCGUCUUGCCGCCGAUCGUCAUUGGUUUAUUCGUAUUCUGCAUGCUGCAGGCGAAGAACUCUGGGAGCUCCGCUGGCGCCUUUGACAAGUCCGGCACCCUUUCGGGAUCGACGCUGGCAUGGGCCAUGCUGGGCGGCAUCAACUCCGUCAUGGGCAAGACGAGCACGAGUAUUGUGAACCAGCCCGACUUGGCUCGCUAUGCCCGCAACAAGACUGCUCCCUCGUGGUCGCAGCUGAUUGCCCUUCCAAUCGGCAAUACCCUGUGUGCAACUCUCGGCAUCUUUGGAGCCAGUGCGAUUCGCGCCGGCUGGGGCCAACUGAUCUGGAACCCUUGGGAUCUUUGCCUAGCUAUUCUGGAGCGUUAUCCCACCCAUGGCGCCAGAGCAGGAGUUGCGGUCGUAUCUCUUGGAUUCAUCUUCUCAAUCAUUGGGUCCAACCUCGGUGCGAACGUCAUUCCAUGGGGUGCCGAUACUACGGUCUUGCUUCCGCGGUUCAUCAACAUCAAGCGGGGAAUGUACAUCUCGUACAUCUUGGGCAUCAUCAUCUGUCCCUGGAGGAUUCUCAAGAGUGCCACAAGCUUUCUCCAGUUUCUUGGCGGCUAUUCCAUCUUCCUGGGCCCUUUUGUCGGCAUCUUCUUGACGGAUUACCUGGUCUGCCGCAAGGGAAACAUCUUCAUCCCCGAUCUGUACAGCCCCGAGGGUAGGUACUGGUACAGGCUGGGCAUCAACUGGAGAGCUGCUGUCGCUUAUGUUGUUGCUGUCGUACUGCCAAUCCCUGGCUUCAUGCGGACUUUCGGAGGGAACGUUCCGGUGGAAUGGCUGCACAUUUACCAGGUUGGGUGGCUCCUUACAUGCAUUUUGAGCAGUGUGGUGUACUGGUUACUCUGCUUUGUUGGAAACUUUGCAGUACAGGAAAAGAGCAUGGGAUUCGAGGCUAUCAGCCAGGAGCAGGUGGACCGAUGGCUGGAUACCCCAGCCGCCGAGGAGGUGUUGGUGAAGCCCGAGGAGAAAGUCUAG